UCCGCCUUCGCAGCGCUACCUUCUCCCCACGCCCACAGUCGAGCUACGCCCAGUAGCUAGCACCCACUACCCUUCCAGGCACCAGCGACCAUUGAUCCAUCCAUCGGCUGUCGCACCGGAGCAUAGUCACAAUGUCGCCGCGACGCUCCUCGCGGGCUCGCACCACCCAGCCAACCUCCAGCGCACCGGCAACACACAGCGGCUCCUCGUCGUCCACCUCAUCUAGACACACAGAACGAGCGGCGAGAACGAUUCACAAGCAGUCUAGCCCCCAAAAGUCCUCUACUCCCCACUCGCUCUCCUCGGAGGAGGUCGACGAUGCCCAUCGCGGCUCCCAGGUCGAGCGGCCGCAGACCCGACGCCGAACCCGCGAGCAGGACAAUGACGAAGACGAUUCUACAAAGCUCGAGGAGGACCUCGAGGACGAGAUUGCUGAGGAGGAAGAGAUCACGCGCUGCCUGUGCGGGCAGCAAGAGUACCCGGGUGCACCCUCAGAUGGCGGCAAGUCCAGAGAUGGUCAAUCAUCCUCAUUGACAGAUUCUGACGUGCAGAAUGAUGAAGCAGGUGGCCUGUUCAUUCAAUGCGACAUCUGCAAGGUCUGGCAGCACGGCGGCUGCGUCGGCAUCAUGGACGAAGCUGCCAGCCCCGAUGAGUACUUUUGCGAGGAGUGCAGAAAAGACCUGCACAAGCUCAUGACGAGCUCGAAAGGACAAAAGUACUCGCGCUAUCUCCCCGUCUACGAGCAGAACCACUCCAAGACCUCCCGGAAGACAUCUUUGUCAAAGGAACCGGAAAGCAAGGCGCCUAAGGACAAGGAUAGAAACAAUAGGGCAAGCGUCGAGUCGUUGGGCAAGCGGCGAUCAACCAUGAAUAGUCGGGCCGCCUAUGACGAGGACGAGGUGCUUAGGAAGGUGUUGGAGGAGAGCAAGAAUGAGGGGACAUCUACUCUUUCGGAAAACGGGAAUAGGAAGAAGCGCGGACGCGACGAGAGCGAAGAAAUCAAACAGGAAAGCAAGCGACAGCGCACAAGUUCAAGAUCACCAAGCAACUCCCCAGUCCUAUGGUCUGAUGAAGAGAUACCCAAGGCUACCGCACCCAAGCAGAAACCUCGGGGAGCUGCGGCCAAGAGUCAGCGGGAAAAAGAGUUAAGGGAAAAGGAACGCGAACGAGAGCGGGCUGAAGCUGCAAAUCGGAGGAAGGGCCGCGCUGAGCGUAGGAAAGGCGACGAUCCGGACACGGUCGAGGUAGAACCAGCAGAGGACCCUUCAAUGGCUCCCUCGGCGUCUGAAUCCGUUGCCCCCGACACGUCUUCCACCGACCUUAAACCCGCGCCUGUACAAAGAAAGUCAGGGCGACCCCCACAAAAACGACAGAGUAGACUUGGCCGGAAUCAAUACACGCGAGAUGCCCCAACACCAGCAACGAACGGCGCGUCCCCGGCAGCGAACGACACGCCCAAUUCUCCACAGAUAUCUGUCACGAAUGGGGUUGGCAAUGGGCACGAGAGCAGUGACGGAGCCGCUGGAAACAAGCCAGGCAAAUCAAAGAAUUGGCGCCUGGAGAAGUUAUCGUGGAACGAGAUACGACGACCGGCUGGCCAUAUGCAAAACUACAUCACCCAGCGACAGGUUGAAUUGGCUGCGGAAAAGCCACCGUCGGCGCUGUCUGUUCAGUCUCCAACCGCGGUCAACGGCGAGCAGAAACAGGAGGGGCCUAAGGACAAUGAGGAUGAUAUUGAACACUUUAGGAAACUCAACACGCUUCAGAUGAUGGACGACUUAAGCAGGGAGCUGGUCCACUGGCAGCGCAUGAUUGCCGAGCAGACGGAGAAGUGAUUGGAGCAGCAUCAACAGCAUCUAGCGUAAUCGGUUCGUUUAACAUUUUGAUUUCGUUCCAAUCAUCUGCAUACUGCAUAGGCUGCUGGCAUAUGCAGCAGCAUUUUGCUCUGGAUAUCGGC